GCUCAGGGAGCAGAAUGGUUCCUUGGCUCAGAUGCUUUUCAAGAUGUUGUGGCUAUAGCAUCAAUGAAUACCACAACUGAAAUCUACAAUGACAUUCGUAGCAAGGUACUACGGCAUUGGCCUAACUUCCCAAUUGGUGAGCUGACAUUCAUGGAAGGUGAGGAAAUAGAAGAGCAAGGGAAGAGUUUGAUUCCUCCUUUUGACACAACAGUGCACCUCAAAUGGGGUUUGGAUAAGGAGAGGUCACCAUUGUUUCCUCCAAGCAUCGUUGAGGAAGGGGAGGAUUUGAACUCUUUGCCCAGCUUCAACGAUUGGGUUGCUAGGAUGCUUGAUGCUAAGGCUGGAUCUUCUUCUACUCCAUUUCCAUCUCAACCCUUAACUAUUCUAGCUCGUGAUGCUCCUCCAGUAACAGUGCCUUCAGUAGACUUAACUGAUGACUAGGAAAAAUGAGCAUCUGGUGCUAAUUUUUGUGCUUUUGAUAGCUGUAAUGUUUUUGGUUAUUUUAGCUCAAUCUAGUGUAAUUAGAAAUUGCUAUUUCAAUUAAAAUGAAAUUAAACGACUUUA